AGUUCUUACCGAGUGAGUAAUAAAGUCAAACAAGUGGAUGCGGUUUCAAAAUUUGUGUACGUUAGCUGUUCCUACAAAAACACCGAGCACACAAAGCUGCUGCUGCUACUGCUGCUAGGGUUUAUCCCUCCCUUUUCAAUCUUCACCAAAUCUCCUUCAGGUUACUGAUUCGCUAGCAAUGACUCGUGUGUAUAUUGGAAAUCUGGAUUCACGAGUUUCUGAGAGGGAUCUGGAAGAUGAUUUCCAUGUCUUUGGAGUUAUACGAAGUGUGUGGGUUGCAAGAAGGCCUCCUGGUUAUGCUUUCAUUGAUUUUGAUGACCGUAGGGAUGCGCUUGAUGCUAUUCGUGAAUUAGAUGGUAAAAAUGGUUGGAGGGUAGAGCUUUCUCACAACUCUAAAACUGGAGGUGGAGGUGGAGGAAGAGGUGGCGGAGGUGGUGGUCGUGGUCGGUCUGGUGGGGGUGGUUCUGAUUUGAAAUGUUAUGAGUGUGGUGAACCUGGUCAUUUUGCCCGGGAGUGUCAUUCUUCUCGUGGUGGUGGAGGGGGAGGAAGACGUCGGAGCCGCAGUCCACCUCGAUUGCGUAGGAGCCCAAGUUAUGGGCGAAGGAGUUACAGUCCUCGUGAGCGGUCUCCUAGGAGGCGAAGCCCUUCUCCUCGUCGUCGCAGCCCUUCACCUCGUCGCCGCAGCUACAGCAGGUCACCCCCUCCUUACCGUGGACGUGAGGCCGUAGCACAUGCUAAUGGAAAUGGGUUAAGGGAUGCACCUCGAAGCAGAAGUUGAUUUUUAAAAGUCGGUAACUGCGACUGUUCAGAAGAUAAUGAGAUAUUGUUAAUCUAGUGUUUUCAACAGCAGUACGCAUCUGUUUUGUUGGGCAGUGCCCUGAGCUUCUACCCUAAAUGGUUUAGUUACUUUCGUGAUUUAAUGGCUUGUGUUAUGUUAUCUACACCGAAUUCUUCUAGUUUUGUUGCAGGUAAAACAGUUUUUUAAGAGUAGUUGCUUACUAGUAGUUUGUUAUAAAUUGUUUCGAAUCUUGCUAAAGUAUAUGCUUUUCUUUUGGAUUGA